AAAACAGAGGUACCUCGCUCACAUUCUCGCUUCUUGCGGCAGCGAAGUUGUAAUGUUGAGGUGUGUUCUCCGGAGCAGACGCUACCUGAAUGAACGGUUAGUAAGUCAUAACCACUCUCUUCAGAUUUCAAACUGGAUUCAAACGACAGCCGAUUUUGAAGAACGCUGCUUGUGUAUAUGACAGGCCGUCGGCCCCCGCCCGCCCCUCCCUCUGGAUCCCCCGUGCGCUGGUGGCUAUGGUAAGGCGAUGGGUGACGGCCGGAGGAGCGGUUGCCGUGGCAUUGGUGGGAGGAGCUGGCUCGGCGACCUGCUGCUGCUGCUGCUGGGUCUGUGCGGCCGGGUGUGGGCACAGUGUCCGGAGAGCUGCCACUGCACCUGGGAGAGCGGCAUCGUGCAGUGCAUGGAUGCCGGGCUCAGAGAGGUACCGCGGGGUCUCCCCACGGACACCGUCUCCCUGCACCUGGAGCGGAACUUUAUCCGCACCAUUCCGGAGAGUGCCUUCCGGGACCUCCCCCACCUGCGGGACCUCUACCUCUCCCACAACCGCAUCGAGUCGCUCUCCUCGGGCGCCCUCCGCCACCUGAGCGCCGACCUCCGGCUGCUGGACCUCUCCCACAACCGGCUGCGGCAGGCCAGCCGCGAGGAGUUCGGCGCCACGCGGGCCAAGACCCGGCUCUACCACAACCCCUGGCACUGCGACUGCGCCCUGCAGGAGCUGAUGGAGACGCUCAACCUGGAGCCAGAGACGGUCAACGAGAUCGUGUGCGAGAGCUCGGCCAGGGGGGCCGGGGAGGGCAGCCGCUGGGAGGAGGUGAGCGGGGCCGGGGAGCACGCGGGGCAGCCCAUGGUCAAGCUCCUGGACUCCGGCGUCAACUUCUGCAGCCUGCAGCGCAAGACCACUGACGUGGCCAUGCUGGUGACCAUGUUCGUCUGGUUUUUCAUGGUCAUCGUCUACGUGGUCUACUACGUGCGACAGAACCAAGCCGAGGCCCGGCGGCAUCUGGAGUACCUGAAGAGUCUGCCCAGCCCUCGCAAGACCCCCACCGAAACAGACACGCUCAGCACUGGUUUCUGAUCGGGCCAAUGUCCUUUAAUACACUGUGGACCAAGGAACAAUUUACUGCACAUGUAGCAAAUGACAGACUUGAAAGUACAUCUGUAGUGAUGGGACUUUGACUAAAAUGACAUGCUGAUGCACAGCAUGGUGCUCUGUUGGGACCAACAGUAGUGCCAUAGCAUCUUUGGGAGCACAAC